AUGGAGAAGAGAAGGAAGAGUGUCAGCCGGCUGAGGCUGAGGACGGCGGCCAUCCCCUUCCUCGGGGCACCACUCAUCACGCCGGUUAUCUCAAGAUAUUACGCCUACCAGCAAGAGAUGAUAUGGGCAGGAUGGAUUACCUGCAGUCUCGGCCUGAUAGCAGCCAGCUUUGCGAAAGGAGUAUGGCAUCUCGUCCUCACGCAGGGCGUCGCCUAUGGCAUAGGAUUCCUUGUGCUCUACUACCCGCUCUUGAACAUGCUCAACGACUGGUUCAUCAAGAGGCGUGGGCUGGCUCACCGUAUCCUUUUCGCUUCUAGCUCUCCCAUAGUACUGGUUGGACCGACUCUGCCACUGCUUCGAAGCCGCACAAUCAAGGCGGAUGCGGCGCGCCGGCCUGCGAAUCUCCAGAUUGACUUCAAGAUUCCGAAGAAACCAACCUUCCUCAUCCUGGCCUUCUUUGGCCUUUUCUAA